AUGCUACGAAAAUCGGAAAGACCGCUAUCAGCGGUGACAACGAACGGCAGCGGAAGCCGUCACGAGUCGUUGGCGAAUUCCAAGAAUCACAGCGCAUCGCCGGCCGAUAACACGCGCUCCAAUGCCUCGAGCCCAUUGUUCGGCACCGAGCCGCUGCCAGAAGACGAUUUCGCGCAUUGCCCAUAUUGUCAUAAGGAUUUCCGGAAACCGCGUGUCCUUGAUUGCCUUCAUUCGAUGUGCGAGGAUUGUAUUAUUGCGCAGCUUGACGGCCGACGAGAGCAAAGAGACGAGCGGAAAAAUACACUUGAAUGCGAGUUAGAAGCACCGAAAAUCACUGAACGCCCCACUCCUCCAGGAGUCAUACGUUGUCCGGUUUGUGCGCAGGAGUCGCAUGUUGGCAACGAUGUGCGAUAUGUGCACGGAAUGCUUCUAGAUUAUGUACGAAUUGCUGAGAGCGGCGAAAUACCGAACGGCACAAUUCAGCGACGAUGCAGAGCCUGUAAAAGCGAGCAGCCGGCUGUGGCGAUUUGCGAGCAAUGUCAGUCCGAUUUGUGCGCCAAUUGUUUGACGGCGCACGGAGUGAUGCGAAUGUUCGAUGGACACGUCGUCACCACCUAUGAAGAGCUUGAGAAGCGCGGCAAUCAAGCGGCGACCCGUCAAGUCGUCUGCACCAAUCACAAUCAGCCGUUCAAAUUUUUGUGCGCGAAUUGCGAGCUGCUCGCGUGCAAGCAGUGCUUGGAAAUGGAGCAUGUUAACCAUAAGGUCAUCGAGAUUACCGAUCUGGUAAUUAAUGCAAUUCGCACCGAGGUCACCACGCUUGUCGAUAAGGUCGAGAACAAGUAUGACAACGCCACAACAGAGUUCAAUCGUCUGCCAGACCGCACUGCUCAGCUUCAGGAACAGUAUGAAGUCGCGCGUUAUAGACUAGAAGCUUAUUUCGACGAGAUUCUCAAAGCGAUCAAUGAGGCGAAACAGACGAAAUUACUAGAAUUGGAAGACGCAAGACAUCGUCAGGAGCAUAAUAUCGAGGAACUCUAUCGCAAGAUGAAUGUGAACGAGGCGAGAGUUCAUGAUGCUUUUGCAUUUGUGAGAAGACUUCUCUCGAAAGCGAAUGGCAUCGAAUUGCUGGCGUCGCGUCGAAAAGUCGUACAGCAGCUGGGAAACUUGUCGCACGCCAUUCCCAGUCAAGGGCAUGCGGUUGAGCUUGAAUUCCAGCCGCUUAGCAAGAAGCAGAUGGAAAAUAACUUGAAUCAAUUAUGCGGAAAUGUCAUCGGACGGGUUGUUCAAUCGGUUAAGGACAUCACUCCGCCAUCGAAUGAUUUCGCUCCGUUUCGUGCUGCUCCACAAGACGAAUGGGGGCGUGGCAGUACACCAAUCACCACCAACACGGGACUUGGCGCCAUUGGUGGCGAGAGAAAGAACAAGAAUCUCAAUAAUAACUCGUCGACUCAAUCGAAUGGCACAUCGUCGAGAUCCACCACAAAUGCUGCGGAGGCAUUCGGAUGGCCGCCAAGCAGCAAUCCGCCGGAGUUGCCGCCGUCACCGCCACCACAGAACGCUCAGCUUCCUUCACUUCUCAACUCGGGCGGUGUGAACAAUGUAAAUCAUCAGGGGUUGAACCUGAGCGCCGCUGCCGCUGCUGCCGGAAUUCGUCCGGAAUUGAUGGCUUUGGCCGCCGCUGGAAGUGUCGAUAUCGCCGCGUUGGCGGCUGCUCACGCCGCUCAAGCGGUGAACUCGAACUCGGGACAAGUGCAGCUGCCGAAUGGAAGCCUCGGCACUCACACUAACUCGACAUCGUUGUUCCCGAAUCUCGUCUGGUCGCAACCGCAUCUAUCGGGUCUGCCGAACGCGAACAACUCGGCUCAUAUGUUGGCUCAGCAGCAGAAGCUUGCGCUUUCGCGAAUGAUCAUCAACGUGCAAUCGUCGAAUAUUCAGCAGCAGUUGAACGCGAAUCCGCUACUUGCAUUGAAUCGCUUACAGAAUAUCGAUCCGUUGUUGCUCAACAUGAACAACUUGAACUUGUCGACGAAUGGUCCGAACGGCACCCCCGGACUUGGACCGCUCGGCGCGCCGGUUGUGCCCGAACCGCCACCGGCUCCUGUCGUCUCUCAGCAAUCGCUUUCUCAGCGUAGCAAUGAGCUCAAAGUGCACAGUGUGUUCGGAACGUCGCAGCAGGGAAGCUCCCUUCGCGAGCUUCAUUGCCCAUCGGGAUUCUGUUUGUCGGAGAAUGAUGAUAUUUUGAUCGCUGACACCAACAAUCAUCGCGUUGUGUUCUGCGGACCUCCGCAUCCGUGGAAAAUCGGGCGCCCGGGAACGGACGACGGUCAAUUGUGCUUCCCACGUAAAGUGAUUGCACUUCGCGGCGAUUCUCCAAGAUAUGUGGUUCUUGACAAAGGAGGAGACGGAAAAACUCGCGCGCAAGUCUUUGAGGCUCGCGGUGAAUUUGUCAAGCGCCUCAAUAUGGUCACCUUACUUCCAAGAGGAGGAAUUGAGGUUUCGGCGGCGACAGCGACACCCAAUGGCGGACUCUUGCUUGUUGACACGUCGGGAUAUGUAUAUUCAAUUGAUGUUGAUACACCGAGAAUUACAUUCUGUUUCGACACUUCCGAUCAACUUGGUGAGGCUAGCGACGUCGCCAUGUCGGAUACCCAUAUUUACAUCACUGAUUUCAAGCAUCAUUGCGUUCAAGUCUUCACUGCUGAUGGUACUUUUGUUCGUAAAAUGGGAGAACCAUCGCAGACGCCGUAUCCGAUUGGAAUCGACGUUGCCAAGUCUGGCGAGAUCCUCGUCGCCGACACUCACGGCAAUCAUUUGCACGUUGUCGUGUUCAAUUCGGACGGUGUCCAUCAGCACUCGUUCACCCAUAAUGAGUUUAGACUGUCUCGUUGCGUUGGUCUUCGCAUCGCGAAGAGUGGUCAUAUUGUGACAUUGUGCAAGCACAACCACACACUUUUCGUGUUUAAGCCGUUGGUCCUUCCGAACGGCAUGCCGGUACCGCAGCCACUUCCUGCGCCCCAAUCGCUUCUCACCAAAUUCUCGUAA